UAUAUUUAUAAAUGAUAUAAAUAUGUGAAAAGCAAAAAAAAAAAAUAAACAAAACACCAAUACAAAAUGCGCAACAAAACGAAAGCGCACUGACUGUACUACAAAUCGUCCAAAUCACGAGAGAAUGAUUCUUUUGAGUCGAUUCCUUGUAAACAAACCAUAAUAAACAGCACACUAGUUACAGUUUAUCAAAAACGUAGCAAACAGUAUCGUGUUAGCAGCAAAUAUAGCUUGUUCCGCUGUGACUUAUGUGAGAUAUUUCUGAGUAACGACGCCAAAGAAAUAGUGAAUCAUUUCACCGAGUGAACCGCUCGGUUGAGUCGUUUAAAUGAACAGAAUCUUCCCAACUCUCCAACAUGAGAGAGCAGAAAGUGUGAGUUGAGUAAAGAUAUGGGAGGAGUUGACGUCCCUUAAAAAAACACCCCUGAAAUGUUACGCAUGGUAACAAACCAGAACGUUGGGAGCGAAACCGAGAAUGUUCAACGUUACUGACAGACCAACAAUCGGGUUAUUUACAACAAUGGACAGAAGGUGUACACUCGUUUAGAUUUGUUCACUACUCGGACAGGGUUAUUUUGAGUAUUUGGAGACUCGUUUAGAUUCACUUCAUGGAGGAAGAGCCGCUGUUGACGGGAAACAUUAACCGGAGCUCAGGUGAUUAUGGAUCUCAUAAAGAUUCAUUCGCAUCAACAGGACAAUCUGAUUCAGACACUGAAGACGAUGCCGACCUUUAUAUCCAGCAAGCAGUUGUAUUUAUUGAAGAUGCAAUUCAGUAUCGAUCAAUUAAUCACAAGGUUGACUCUGGAUCUUUACGGUUAUAUAGGUGGUAUUACUCCAAUAUAUGUCAAUGGGGUCUUGGCUUCACCAUUGCUGUUGUGCUGGCUCUGGCCUUCAUUGAGAAACCCUCCUCUCUGACCUAUACAUCUGACUUACGUUUCAAACCUGAGCCAUGGCAGCCUCCGUGUGGAUUGACCGAGUCUAUUGAGUUGGUUUGCCUUUGUAUCUUCAUCCUGGAUGUCACUGUGAAGGGCUAUCUGAUUGGAUGGGAGGAGUUUCGUUCGAACAAAUGGCUAAUCGGCUAUGUAAUAGUCAUUUCAGCAUCAGUUAUUGAUUGGAUGUUGAGUAUUAGCAUGAUGUGCAAUGAGGGUUUAAGGGUCAGGAGAUUGAUACGGCCGUUUUUCCUCCUGCAAAACUCUUCCCUCAUGAAGAAAACUCUAAAAAGUUUAAAAAAGACUCUUCCAGAAAUUGCAAGCGUCCUUCUGCUUCUGGCCCUGCAUCUCUGUUUAUUCACUAUGAUUGGAAUGCUGAUGUUUUCUAAAUCAGAUGACCCCACGAAGAACGGAGAGUGGCAAACAUACUUCAAAAACAUGCCAAUGGCCCUCUCAUCACUGCUGGUUCUUCUCACGACCGCCAAUAAUCCCGACUCCAUGAUUCCUGCGUACUCCCUGAACCGUGCCUAUUCUAUAUUUUUUAUACUGUUUAGUGUGUUCGGAACAUAUUUGUUGAUGAAUUUAAUGACGGCUAUUAUUUAUAACCAGUUCAGGGGAUAUUUUCUGAUGUCAGUCCAGACGUCUAUAAUCAGGAGACGUCUGGGUAUCCGGGCUGCAUUUGAGGUGUUGUGCUGUCCAGGGAGAGGACACACCAGCAGUCAAUCCGAAGGCCAUGUGGAGCGAGUGGCCGUUCCCAUGUUUCUGCAGGUAAUGGGUAGAGUUCAUAUGAAGUCUUACUACAGAGCAGCCAUCGUUAAGGCUGCUCAGCAGUUUCCAGAUGGCUUUAUCAGCGGCGAGGCCUUCCAGAACCUGUUCAACGAACUCGACAAAGAUAUUAUCAAAGAGCAUCCACAGAAACCCGAGUACAGUUCCUCUGUCCUGCAGCAAAUCCAGCGGAUCUACAGUCAUUACUACAUCACUGUACUGGGAAACGUCGUCGCUUUGGCAAACGUCAUGUGCAUCUGUACUGUGUUGGUUCUGGAUUCAGAGAAAUCUGCAUCAGAGAGAAAUUACUACUACAUGGAGAUCAUCAACUGUGUUUUCAUCAUGUACUAUUUAAUAGAGAUGUUACUAAAAAUACUGGCUUUUGGUUGGAGAGGUUACCUGUCUUAUAAAAGUAACGUUUUUGAUGGAGUUCUUACUGUUGUUCUGCUGGCGAUUCAGAUUGCUAUAUUAAUCACAUACAGGAUUUCUCUUUCAAAAGUGGAUUCGGGGUCAAAGCAUUUAAUAUCAUUAUGGGAGAUGGUGCGACUGGUCAACAUGUUAAUCGUUUUCCGCUUCCUCAGGAUAAUUCCAGAAAUCAAGUUGAUGGCUGUAGUGGCCAGCACUCUUGUGGACCUGGUGAAAAACUUACGGGCAUUUGCUGGAAUUUUAUUGGUGGUUUACUAUGUGUAUGCAGUUUUUGGUAUCUGGCUUUUCCAGGGUGCUAUAACCGCCCCAUCAAACAUGAGUGUGAUCUAUAACUCCAGUAUUGUGAACCUCACUGGUGCCUACACCAUGAGUUGUGGCUCUUACGAACAGCUGGAAUACUGGCCAAACAACUUUGAUGAUUUUGCUUCCUCUUUGGUCCUGCUGUAUAACAUCAUGGUUGUGAAUAACUGGCAUGUCUUCACAGAGGCAUACACCAGAUAUACUACAGAGUGGUCUUUGGUGUACUUUGUGGCCUGGUGGUUGACGUCUUCAGUUAUGUGGGUCAACCUGUUUGUGGCCCUCAUUUUGGAGAACUUCACAUAUAAGUGGGACAGAAGUAACACGCUGUCUGUUGCGGAAGUGGAGAUGAUCGCAUAUCAAAGCACCGUUCAGCUCAUGUUCAGAGAGCAUGUCCAAGAGCCAACAGAGGAAGAAUUACUAGCACAACUACAACAACACCCUCAUCUCCACCUCACCUGGUGACCCUAAGCUCAUACACCCUUAUCUUCACCUCACGUGAUGUCUUUAAUACAUACAAUGACAUAAUUGUGGCAAAACACCCAGAAUCCUCUAGGAUUGAGAAGGCCUCGUGUUUACUAAUCCAUCAAUUUCUGAAGGCCUGUUUUCCAUUAUGGGAUCUGUGUUCUUUCAGUUCGGCCGAAGAAAGGAUGUGUGUGUUUUCAUGUUUAGAGGAACAGCGGUUUUUCGUGAGACUUUAGAUAAAGACUUAAAGGGACCCUCCACUUUUUUUUAAUAGGCUCAUUUUCCAGCUCCCCUAGAGUUAAACAUUUGAUUUUUACAGUUUUGGAAUCCAUUCAGCUGAUCUCUGGGUCUGGCUGUACCACUUUUAGCAUAGCUUAGCAUAAUUCAUUGAAUCUGAUUAGACCAUUAGCAUCGCGCUAAAAAAUAACCAAAGAGUUUCGAUUAUUUUCCUAUUUAAAACUUGACUCUUCUGUAGUUACAUCAUGUACUAAGACGCCAGAAUGAGAGUAUAGUUCCUAGUCAUAUCUGCCAAGAAAAUCACCACUUUUAUUUUUCCGUCGGUCUUAGUACACGAUGUAACUACAGAAGAGUCAGUUUUAAACCUGGUACAAUCAUACAGCAAAAAAUUAAUCUGUGGUAAAAUUAUAAGGGGUGGUUUCGCAGACAAGGGUUUAGUCCCCGAAAACAGCUUGUGCUAACAUACACUAUCUUAAAAUAUAUGAGUGUCAUUGUUUUGUUUUAAGGUUCGUACCAGUAAAAGGUCUUUUUGUAAAAACUACAUACGGCAAAAAAUAUAUAUUUUCAAACAUAAUUUUUAAUAUAUUUCAAAAAAGGCCAAGAAAUAUUAUUUACUGAAAUAUAUUUUGAAAUAUGUUUACAAAAAUGUAUUUUUCACCAAUAUAUUAUUUGGCCAUUUAAAAUUUUUUUUUUUUUAAAUAAAUGUAUUUUAAAGCAUUUAUAUGCACGCUGCAUUGAAUGAAAAACUUUGUAUGUUACAAUCCUGCAAACAUAACAAGUUUGAAAAGAUUAAAAAUAAAUAUAUUUUGCAAAAAUAUACUUAUAUUUUUAUAUUUUAUUCAUAGUUAUACAUUUUAUACUUACAUUGUAAACAAAUUUAUAUUUUGGCUGGGAAAAAUAUAUUUUAUUGCCAUAUGUGUUGUAAAAUUAGAAAUGCAUUUUGAAAUAUAUGUAAAUAUAUGAAAGUUUAAACUAAAAUUCAAAAAUAUGUUUCAUUAAGCUUUACUUUCUACAAAAUGUGUUUCGCAUAAAUUUAAAACAUAUUUUGGGACAAAUAAUUUUUUUUUUGCCAUUUGGGUGUCCUUGUAUAACUAAGGCCUAGUCCUGGCUUAAUCUAAACCAUAAUCCUGGAAACCACCCUAUAAAGUUUAAGAUUUACAGAUAUAGAUCGCAGAUUAUGAAUACAAGAUAUCCUCUGUGUGCAUGGAAAACAAAGGGACAUGGAUCAUUGCUGUCUUAAAUGUUUUUAUUUCUCUGUGUUGGUGAUUUCUAGAUUGUUAUUCAUUGUAUGACCUGUUUGUCCAGUGCAUUUAUUUAUAAAAUAUACUGAAUAUUUUGCAGAAAACUUGAUGACUGAAUCUCAUAAAUUUAGGAAUAUCUAUAUCGUAUUUUGCCACACAAAAAAACAGUAACACUUUACAGUAAGGUUGUAUUUGUUUUAACAUUCAAGUUAGUGCACUGACUACACAAAACAGCAUUUAUUCAUCUUAGGCUGGCCCCACACUUGAAGAUUUUAAGACCAAUUGCACCUUUAAGAAUCGAAAGGGAAGCAAGGCCUGUUUAGUGUUUUACUGCAGACAAUUUUUUUUAAAGAAACCUUUGGGGCCAUGAUCCAGAUUUGGAAAUCCCAUGUUUUGCAAUCCAGGAUCAGGUAAACCAUUUUACUUUAGUCCUGGUUUUUCAAAGCAAAACUGGAUUGGAUAUUUUACACACUUUCAGAUUAGCUAUUCUGGAUUACUAGUGUUAUGUGAUCACAUGUCAAUGUUGACUAUUAGCUA